AUGGUAAUUGGAUUUGUGGCGCUGGGGUGUGCAGUGCUCGCGUCUACUGUGGCCGUGCAAGCCAGUCCGACAGCGACACGAUCAGGACCUACAGCUAGCGCCACAGCUGAUGCCCAUGGUCUACAGGUGCCGAUCUAUUUCAACGGCAAGGCGUUACAUCCGCGGAAUCGAAAUAUGAAUGAGGAUCAGCUAUCUGAAUGGUUGAUGGCCGAGCACAACAAGUUAAAAGUGAAGUACACACACCCAAAGGAUCGGCAGCCAUCGAAUCGGUCGAAGCGGCAACAACUUGGUCUGGGGGACUUCGGCCUCGAUAGCUUCUACUUUGCUCCCAUCGGUGUUGGGUCGCCAGAGUUGACACUAAAUGUCGUGCUCGAUACGGGAUCAGCUGAUUUCUGGGUCGCUGGAACUUCAUGUUCGUUGAUGGACCAGUGCCAACAAGGGAUGAUCAAAUUUGAUCCAUCAAAGAGUAGUACAUUCAAAGACAAUGGCUUACCAUUCAGUGUUCAAUACGGCUCAGGUGCUGUGAGAGGUGAAUUGGCUUCCGAUAAGGUUUCUCUCGCCGGCUACACCAUCUCGUCUCUCUCAUUCGGAUUGGCAAAGGAGCUGGCUCGGAAUACUAUUGGUCCACCUGCUUCUGGUAUUCUUGGCAUGGCUUUUAACACAUUGUCCACGACGGGAACUAUGCCAUUCUGGCAAGUCUUGCUUGAAAGGAGAAAGAUGCAAAAUUAUGUAUUCAGUUUCCAGCUUGUAAACAAUCUUGAAAAAGCGAACUCCCAGGAUGCGAAAGAAGUUGCACCAGGUGGUGUGUUUACUCUUGGUGUAUUGGACGACCAACAGUACUCGGGUAACAUCACCUGGUCGUCCUUAUCGAAGGGUUAUGGUCCGAAUGGCGUUGGUUAUUGGGCCAUCGACAUUGAAAAACUGAAUAUUAACGGCAAAGAGCUCAAAUUGGGUGAACUGAAUAUUGCCGCGAUUGACACAGGAACCACACUGAUUGGCGGUCCAGAGAAUGUAAUGGACGCCAUCCACUCCAGGAUCAGAGGUGCACAAAAAUACGCACGUGCACCACAAUACUACGUGUUUCCGUGCAGGACACAAAUCAACCUCGACUUUACGUUUGGUGGUCGCACAUGGAAGCUCACGACGAAGGAUUUGAUUUCGCACCAACUUACAUCCAAUAUGUGCUUGAGCUCCUUGUUUAUUAGCCCAACGCAAUCGCCAAACAUGCCAUCAUGGAUUGUGGGUGACACGUUCUUAAAGACUGUGUUUAGCGUCUUUGAUGGCGCAAAAGCACGUAUUGGAUUUGCGUCUCUGCACCAAGGUGGUGCACAAACCAUGUCAUUGACUAGCGCUACGAUGGACAACAGUCUAGCGAACAAGGGGGCCAAAGAAUCAACUGAGGCUGGCCCAAUGAGCGAUGAAAGCAGCGCUGGGAUGCCGCAUGGUGGAAACACUCCUGGUAUGGCUCGAAGCAACACUGACAAUGCAUGGAAGACAGCCUCUAUCUUUGUACCACACGACAUCAAGCCAAUUGAUCCACCGAAAGGUUCAAGUCAUUUCGUUAAGCCUGCGAAUAUUGUUACGCUGUUGAUGGUGUCUGUGAUGACUCUUACAGUCUCUAUGGUGGUUCUUUGA